AUGCCCCCAUCAGGCACCUCAUUCACGGCCCUCAACCUACCGCCAACCUUCCAACUACCCCAAUGCAUGGAAUACUUCACCCUACCGGCGGGCCCAAACACAGACCUCUGGCGCAAACCACCAAACGGCGACACAUCGACCGCCCCAAUCGUGUUCACAUCUCUCCGCCACCCCUUCGUCGUAGCCGAAGUAACGGUGAGCGCAGACUGGGAGCUCGAAUGCGACCAAGGCGGGCUAGUCAUCUUCGCCGGCGCCGCACCACACGCGCAAUCCACCCUCUUCUCAGAGGUUGACACGGCGCACGCACCGACCCCGGUAUCGACGCCAGGCUGGCGAGCCGGCACCAGCGCCGGAUCGGCGGGGUCUGACCCGCGCUUCCCGUGUAAAUGGGUCAAGGCCGGCAUGGAGUUUUCGUCGGGAAGCGUGAAUGCCUCGUCUGUCAGUGCGACUGCUGAUGGGGCGGAUUGGUGUCUUUCGCCACUAGCGUCGGCGGGCCCUGGCAUGGGGACGGGAAUGGGGAUGGGGAUGGGAGUGUCGACUGGGAUGCAAUCGCUGCGUAUCAAGCUUGAGCGGGUGGGAUUUGCAUUGUGGAUUUGGUAUCAGGUUCCGUCGGCGCUGCCGUAUGCUCUGUCGCCUGGGGCGGUGGGUAGCACAUGGAAGAAGCUGCGCGAGGUUACGUGGUUCUUUUAUGGGGUCGAGGAUAAGUUUGUGCAUGUGGGCGUCUAUGCCAGUCGGCCGACGGGGUUGUCGGGUGGGGAGAAUGCGUGGGAUGCUAUGCCUGGCAUGGCUCUUGAUGGUUCGUUGCCGGCUGGUUCGGGGGAUGGGUUGGUUGUUGAGUUUGAAGAUCUGGAAAUCUUCUAG